AACCUACACACACAGAUAGAUACCUUCAUAAAAACUCCAACCAUCACCCAAGUCAAAAAAGGAGCACAAUCAAAGCCCUGACAGACCGUGCACAAAGAAUCUGCGAACCUCACCUCCUCCAAGGUGAACUCAACCACCUAAACUGGGCUCUACAGGCCAAUGGAUACUCCACCACAGACAUCAGAAGAGCUGCAAGGCCAAGAACAAGCCAUGAGAGUCAAGACAAAGAUCCACCCAGAGGAAAGGUGUACUUACCAUACAUCAAGGGAACUACUGACCGCAUAGGGAAGCUGAUGAAGAAGCACAACCUACAAACUAUCUACAAACCCACGAAGAAAAUCCAACAAAUGCUACGGUCAGCGAAGGACAAGAGGGAUCCUCUCUCUUCUGCAGGAGUCUACCGGAUACCAUGCAGCUGUGGACAAGUCUACAUAGGGACCACCAAACGCAGCGCCCAAACAAGAGUCAAAGAACAUGAAAGGCACUGCAGACUAAUUCAACCAGAGAAAUCAGCCAUAGCAGAGCAUUUGAUGAACCAGCCUGGACACAGAAUACUAUUUGAGAACACAAAAAUGCUGGACCAUUCUAACAACUAUCAUGUCAGACUACACAGAGAAGCCAUUGAAAUCCACAAGCAUGUGGACAACUUCAACAGAAAGGAAGAAACCAUGAAAAUGAACAAAAUCUGGCUACCAGUAUUACAAAACUCAAAAAUCAGAACAGUAAAUAAAAAGCAAUACUCUGAAAACAGAGGGUUUCCAGACAUGAAUCAACCAAGGGCAGUUAACGACUCUAAACAAAGGAUGCCCCAGAGGCAGGAAGAAGACAGCAGAUAAGCUUUUCAAUGCUAAUUUAAGUGAUUAACUACACAUUCACACUGACCUCUCUCACCCUAGACUUUCCACAGAUAUAUAUUAACCUCUUUGCUUAGUUUUCUCCAUACCUCACAACCUCUGAGGAUGCCUGCCAUAGAUGUGGGCGAAACGUCAGGAGAGAAUGCUUCUGGAACAUGGCCACACAGCCCGAAAGACAUACAACAACCCUGUGAUCCCGGCCAUGAAAGCCUUCGACAACACAUUGAACAUCUCUACGGGGAGAAAUUGUUCCAAGACACACGGAGAUUGGAAAAACUAAGGACCAGGAAAGCACAUCUGCUGUGCUCCCUGACCUUCCUUCUACGCUGCAGAGACACAGAUACCAUCCCACAAUUUCUUGCAGCCAAAAGGACCUUCAAAACACCACAGGCUCAUCGCAUUUACAACCGCCUGGAACGCAACCUCUUGAGAGAGAGAAUCCACACCAUCCGUAAAGAACUCGCAAACACAGACAAAGAACUGCUGCACCUCCACAUCAACAUCAGCCAAAAGAUGAAUACCCAGGACUGGGAUAAAAUAGACAGCCUUACCUACAAGAAAAUGGAGAAAGACAUGGUUCUCCACACCAAGAGACAAAAACAAAAAUUUGACAAAUGCCGUAAGCAACAGCCAAAGCCAGAACUGGAUAAAUCACGGACCAUCAUCAACCUGACAGACAGACAACUCACUGAAGACCAAGUAUCCAUUCUAGAAAAAGGAGGAAAUUUUGCAGUUACCACCACCAGGAUCCCAGUAGAAAACAUCAUUGCCAAUGUUGAAUCAGCAAUUUACCAGCUCCCUGAGGAAGAAGCAGAGGAGGUAAGAAUUGAAACAGCAAGGAUCCUGAGAAAUGCAAAACUCCCCCCCAGCAACAUAACGAGAAAAGAAAGACAGGCCAUCAAAGAUCUCAACUCAGAUCCUGAAAUCAUCAUUCUUCCAGCUGACAAGGGGAAUGCCACAGUAAUCAUGGAAACAAAACAAUACAAAGAAAAAAUCAGACAACUUCUAGAUCCCACAAUUUACAAGAAACUGAAACAAGACCCCACCAACAAAAUCACCAGAAAAACGAACACUCUAAUCAAGAACUCCUCCAUUAACUUUGACAUACGCCAACAGCUGUGCAAAUCAGAAGCCCUCCCACCCAGGCUCUACGGACUCCCCAAAAUCCACAAGGACGCCAUCCCACUCAGACCCAUUGUAAGUGCCAUUGGAUCGCCGACUUACAACCUGGCAAAAUUUCUGGCUACACAGCUACAAACCCACAUUGGGCUCACUGCACAUUAUAUCAAGGACUCUACACACUUUAUAGAAAAGAUCAGCAACCUCAAUCUAAGCACCAAGGACAUCCUGAUCAGCUUUGAUGUGGUGUCCCUUUUUACCAAAGUCCCAGUAGCUGACACCCUCACACUAAUCAAACAAAACUUCCCAGAAGACAUCACAGCGCUGUUUCACCAUUGCCUCACCACUAGCUACUUUCAGUGGGACACUGGAUUCUAUGAACAGAAGGAUGGAGUGGCCAUGGGGAGCCCUCUCAGCCCAGUAGUAGCAAAUUUCUAUAUGGAAUACUUUGAAAAACAGGCCCUAGAAACAGCACCAAAAAAGCCAACUGUUUGGUUCAGAUACGUAGAUGACACCUUCACGAUUUGGAGCCAUGGAGAGGAAGAACUCAGCAAGUUCCUGGACCAUCUUAACAGCAUCCACCCAAACAUCCAAUUCACCAUGGAAAAAGAAAAGGAAGGAAAACUGCCAUUUCUAGAUGUUCUGGUCAUCCGCAAACCCAAUCAACAAUUGGGCCACACAGUUUACAGAAAACCUACACACACAGAUAGAUACCUUCAUAAAAACUCCAACCAUCACCCAAGUCAAAAAAGGAGCACAAUCAAAGCCCUGACAGACCGUGCACAAAGAAUCUGCGAACCUCACCUCCUCCAAGGUGAACUCAACCACCUAAACUGGGCUCUACAGGCCAAUGGAUACUCCACCACAGACAUCAGAAGAGCUGCAAGGCCAAGAACAAGCCAUGAGAGUCAAGACAAAGAUCCACCCAGAGGAAAGGUGUACUUACCAUACAUCAAGGGAACUACUGACCGCAUAGGGAAGCUGAUGAAGAAGCACAACCUACAAACUAUCUACAAACCCACGAAGAAAAUCCAACAAAUGCUACGGUCAGCGAAGGACAAGAGGGAUCCUCUCUCUUCUGCAGGAGUCUACCGGAUACCAUGCAGCUGUGGACAAGUCUACAUAGGGACCACCAAACGCAGCGCCCAAACAAGAGUCAAAGAACAUGAAAGGCACUGCAGACUAAUUCAACCAGAGAAAUCAGCCAUAGCAGAGCAUUUGAUGAACCAGCCUGGACACAGAAUACUAUUUGAGAACACAAAAAUGCUGGACCAUUCUAACAACUAUCAUGUCAGACUACACAGAGAAGCCAUUGAAAUCCACAAGCAUGUGGACAACUUCAACAGAAAGGAAGAAACCAUGAAAAUGAACAAAAUCUGGCUACCAGUAUUACAAAACUCAAAAAUCAGAACAGUAAAUAAAAAGCAAUACUCUGAAAACAGAGGGUUUCCAGACAUGAAUCAACCAAGGGCAGUUAACGACUCUAAACAAAGGAUGCCCCAGAGGCAGGAAGAAGACAGCAGAUAAGCUUUUCAAUGCUAAUUUAAGUGAUUAACUACACAUUCACACUGACCUCUCUCACCCUAGACUUUCCACAGAUAUAUAUUAACCUCUUUGCUUAGUUUUCUCCAUACCUCACAACCUCUGAGGAUGCCUGCCAUAGAUGUGGGCGAAACGUCAGGAGAGAAUGCUUCUGGAACAUGGCCACACAGCCCGAAAGACAUACAACAACCCUGUGAUCCCGGCCAUGAAAGCCUUCGACAACACAUUAUUAUUAUUAUUAUUAUUAUUAUUAUUAUUAUUAUUAUUAUUCUCGUUUGUGUUUGUUUGGAAUUGCUCUGAGUUUUCCACCAAUUGUCACUCUAGUCUCCGUCCCACUUGUUCAUCACUACCAACUCUAGCAAACAAGGAGAUUUGCUUGGCUCCAUUUCAUGGAAGUGGAUGCCUAAGGAAGAUAGUGUCCACUGCUCUGCGCAUUUUCCUAUUCAAGUGAUCAGUUAGUUCUUCAACAGGAUCACCUGCCAAGGCAAUAGGAAACUCCCCCAGAGCCAUUAGGAAUCCUUCUGAAUACAUAAGCCUCCUCGGGCAGACUAUCUAAAUUGGCCCCUCAUCCUUGCAGAGGCUGCAAGUCGUGAGUCUAAACCACCAAAGUGGUGAUCAGUCCAGGCCAAGAGAACUAUACAGAACACCCAGAUCACUGUCAUCCUGGUCAGAACAGAAAACUAGAUCCAAAGUGUGACCUACAGUAUACGCUUUAAAUAUCAAAGUUGUUUGUCUUAAAGUAAUUUUUAUUCACCAUUUCCCACCAUAAUGUGUGGUGUUGAUUUAAUUCACAUAUAAUUCCAAAUCUUGAAUGGUCCUUCUUUGGUUCACAUUUCCUUCUCUCCAUGUAAACUCAAAUUACCUCUCACAUUCCAUAGUGUGCUGCAAACUAAAAUCUACUGUAACGGAAAUAAGUCA